AUGCUUUCUACAUCGCAUUAUAUAACCUUCGUGGUUAUCCAACUCUUUUUGAUUUUCCACUCAACUUCUGCUGGUUCAGUACAAGUCUGUCGGGAUAUUGCUGACUGUUCUACCUGUGCUGACUCUUACAUUCAUGUUCUAGGUUUCAGAGAACAAUGCAGAUGGUGUGUUGAGACGAAUACGUGUGGUGGUCCACUUUCAUGCCCACUGGGAAAGGCCGCGGUUCAAAGGGAUCCGUUCCGAUGUCCUCAAAAGUUCUCAACAUCAAAGGGCAAACGCUACACUGAUGAUCUAGGAAGAUCUGUCUUUGCUGUUGCUAUUUCUGUCAAAGCAGAUAAUGCUUCGGAGUGUUUGUCAAACGUUCGCCCAGAUAUUAACUACGUGAAGCAAUACAAUGUUGAAUGUGACGGAGCUGGAAACAGCUGUGGAGGAAUUAUAGCUGCAAGUGAUGAAGCUAAGGCUCUCUAUGUCGCUUACAAGGGGAGCAACUUUGAUAAACAGAUUUUGGCAGAGUUCAUUCAUGGAUUAGCUGCUCAACUUGGAGCUUGGGAGAAGUUCGAGAGUAAAGAUGCUGGUGUUAUCACUUACUUCUACGGUGCAUUCACCAAACUUUUCAUUGACAGUGGAAUGUAUGACGAUUUGAUGGAGUUGAAGAAGAAGCAUCCCAACUACCGUGUUUGGUUGACUGGACAUUCACUUGGAGGAUCAUUAGCUUCAAUGACUGCACUUUAUUUAAUAAAACAUGGCUCAUUCGAAUCUUCAAAGGUCCGUCUUUUAACAUUCGGUGAACCACGUACUGGAAACACAGCUUAUGCCCGUGAAGUUGAGAAGUAUGUUCCAUUCCGGUACAGAGUUGUUCAUCGUAAUGAUGCUAUAAGUAAUUUGCCCGGAUCUGCUGAUCCUAACACUCCAUUGAUGACUUCAUCAAUGUUCGAUAGACAGCCUUUGUUCUACCGUCAUCUUGUUCAUUAUGACAACAAAAUGGAAAGAGGAGACAAGUUUAAGAUUUGUGAGCUUUCCGAUGAUCACGGUUGUCGGAACUUAGCAAUGGCAGCAGAUUUCCAGGAUCAUUUCACAUACUUUGGCAUCAAUCACAACGAUUUCGUACGUGAUGGAUGUAUUCGUCGUCAGUUAAUUUUUGAUUGA